GUUUUUGAAAUUUUGGGAACUUUCGAAAUCUGUGGGUGCUCCCGGAGUAGGAAAUCCGUCCGACUGACUGCUUGCUGGCUCACCUUCUUCUCUUUUGGCUGGCUGGUUGGUUUGGUGGCUACUUCUUCUCUCGCUCUUGUCCAGGACACAGAUUUUACUCGAUACUACUACGCGAAAUCCAUGUGAUAACGUCUUGUGAGUACGACGACGACACUGUAAAGGAAAAGACUGAUUAAUUUCAUUUCUUCUUUCUGCCAAGAAAGACAGCGCAGCGCAGCUACGGCAAAAUCUCUUUGUUGAUAAGAUACUCGACUUGAUCUCGGAGUGGUCAAGUCUCUUUUUGUGAGGUUUCUCGCAUCAAUAAAUAAUCCAGCAAGGAACGCAGAUCUAUAAAGGUCAACGGCAUUACGAUAGACAAAAUGGCUUUGAAACGUAUUAAUAAGGAACUGCAAGACUUGGGCACUGAUCCACCAGCGCAAUGCUCUGCAGGACCAAUUGGUGAAGACAUGUUUCACUGGCAAGCAACAAUCAUGGGACCGCCGGACAGCCCCUACCAAGGAGGAGUUUUCUUUUUGUCCAUCCACUUUCCAGUCGACUAUCCAUUCAAGCCGCCGAAGGUUUCAUUCACUACGCGUAUCUAUCAUCCGAACAUUAACGCGAACGGGUCAAUUUGUUUGGACAUUUUGCGCUCGCAAUGGUCGCCUGCUUUGACUAUUUCAAAAGUGCUCCUCUCAAUAUGUUCACUUCUCUGCGACGCAAAUCCGGACGAUCCACUCGUCCCUGAGAUUGCUCGGAUCUACAAGACAGAUCGGAACAAGUACAACGAACUAGCGCGCGAAUGGACUCGAAAGUACGCCAUGUAGUCAAACCAGAAGUCAGCACAAUCAUCAUUAAAAAAAACAAAAUCCGAUAAAUUCAUGAUCGCCAACGUUAACGUCCGCCACCUUCUCGUCAGUCCAACUCCUACUGAACCGAAAGAAGAAGAAGAAGAAGAAAUACAUGUCAUUUAUCCUUCUCUCCUAUUAUUUAUCCUCAUUUUUCUUAUAAUAAUACUUAUCGUCGUCGUCGUGUGUACGAGACAUGAGCGAGAUGAAGAUUCACACUUAAUUAAUUAGAAUGAAUUUAAAUGCGUAGCAAAAUUUCUCAUGUUAUUAUUAUAUAAAACUCACUACGCUCCGCUACUACUCCACAUUUUUUCUAUGUACGAAACACACCAAGGUGUUUUUAAAUUCUUGUUCUUAUCGUGUGUAUCGAAAUCUCGUGAGUUGAUUGUACUUACUUUUUAGAUACUUGUAUAACAGCAGCAGGAAGAGGAGGAGCAACAGCUAUAUGCAAACCCCUAAAAAAUUUUAAGUCUUCUACUUACUACUACUCCUCUAUAUAUUUCUCUUUACUUGUUGCAUUUAUUAAUUUAAAUUUUUGUAACUGAAAUGUCUCACAAGAGUUGUAAAUGAAUUGUGUUGAAAUUUAAAAACGAUUGAAAAGUUGUAGCAAUAUUUAAUCAUCUCGUUUUUACGAUCAUAAUAAUUAACGUGCUUCCCCUCUUGUCAAGGCCACUUUUUUACCUGUAUGUCUGUCAUUUUAUGAAUGUUCUUGUUAAGUUCUUAUCUCUUUCUUUCUUAUCUCCCGAUGAUGACACGUUACAUUUGAAUUUGUUGUUGGUAUGAUUUUUAAAUUUUUCGGAUGAUAUUUUUUUUUGUCUGAGUUCCCCACUAAUAGGAAAGAAAUUAGGGAUAUAUAAAGAAAAAUAGUCAGUUUAAUUAAAUACCGAUUAUUAACUAACACCACUCCAAUCCAAUCCACCAAACCAACACCAACCACUACAUAAAAUCGCAGUAAGUAAAUUAUAGUCAGUAAAUAAGAGCAAAUGUAAGUUUACUAAUUAAUAAUAAUUAGUGUCGUCGUCGUAAAGGAAGCGUCACGGUCGGAAUUGAAAUUGUCGUUUCUUUUUUUCUCAAAAAAAGUCCCCUUUGGAAGAAGAGUAUUUAUUAAAUUGUAGGGAAAAGCAAGGCAUUAAUUAUUAGUUACCCGGAUGAUAAGAUAAGAUGAGCGAGGGGAGAUAAGCAGUGAGUAAUAAUAAUAAUAAAUCUACCGUCGUCACUCAUUAAAAACUUAUGUGAAAUAUUAUCUCUUCUGUAUGAUUAAAGAAAUUAAUACCUAAAAAAGAACACCGGUACUUAUCCACAUUUAAAUAAAAAAUAACCAUAAUUAAUAUCUUAUAGGUAGCAUUUAUACCUUUUAUAUUUAUAUUGGAUGAUGGAGACAAAUGUAUGAGUGCGUGCGUCCCCUUGGGGGGUCGGCGAUUUUAAAUUGUUUAUUUGUUCGAAACGUUUACCCACCCUGCUGAACUGAUGAAACGAUUUUUUUGUAAUAAUUAAGUAGUGACUAAUUAAUUAAUUAGGUGCGUUUAUAAUUGAUUAUUUCGCCAAUUUGGGCCAAAGUUUAUAAAUUUAACUAUGGCGCAAGUACUGAAGAUGAAUAAACGCAGCUAAAUAUUUAUAAUUACGGAGAAAUUAAAUUGUAAUUAAUUAUCUGCGUUUAUACUUGACUCCUUAUUUGCGCCAAUGUUUUAACUAUGGCGCAAGUUACUUACGACGAGUGAUAAAUAAAUAAACGCAGCUAAAUAUUUACAAGAGAAGAAAUUGAAGCAAAGCAAGCACUGAAAAAUUGUGGAGAUCGUCAUCCCCGACUACUUUUUUGAUUUUAUUUAUUUUUGUGUCCUCUUAAUUAUUAUUUUCGAAAUCUGAGACAAAGUGGAAAAAGCAUUAUUUUGUAUUUUGUUGGAUAAGUGUGUAGAAAUUUGGAAAAGGUGUGUUUUUUUGUGCGAUUUUUUUUCUCUCUGGUCUCUCUUCUUCUUGUGUGUGUGCGAAUUUGUAUGAAUAUGAUGAUGAUGAAUGAAAUUGCGUUAAUUAAUUAAUUAAUUAUUGUAUUACUUGUGAUUAUUAAUUAAUUAUUAAAAAUAUGAUUAAAUAACUAUGAUGAUGAUGAUAUUGGACUUUGCGUGCUAACUGUGAAUGAAUUUAGGGAAUCAAGCAGAAGAAGAAGAAUAUUUGUUGUAAUUUUUUUAUGUAUUUAAAAUGCUGCAUAAAAUGAUAAAAUUACUGGAAAA